AUGGCGGCCGAACGAACCGCCAAUUGGGAAAAACAGCUCCAGCGGAAUCCGCACCCCGACUUCAAAAAAGUCGAGGCCUCGCGCCCGCCCUACAACAGCUCUGACUUCCGCUACACCAAGACGCCCGAUCCAAACUGGAAGUUUGGCGACGGCGCGAACCACCUAUACUGUACCUCUUCGACAAACAGCACAUCCGAGUCUAACAACACCAACGGCCACAAGUGUGUCCCGCCCUCUGAGAUAAAGCACAUCCCCAUCAACCCCUACGCCCCCAACCGCCCCUCGACACUCAACUACAAACUCCUCAUCUCCGCCGUCGUCCCCCGUCCCAUCGCCUUCCUCUCGACCCGCUCCGCCGACGGCAAGACAACCAACCUCGCCCCCUUCAGCUACUUCUCUGUCAUCGGCCACGACCCACCUCUCUUCACGAUCGGCUUUGCUUGUCCUAUAGAGAGCACAAAGGCCAAGGACUCGCUGCGUAAUUUGGUUGAGACGAAAGAAUGCGUGAUUAAUAUCAUAAGUGAGCACUGGAUCGAGGCGGCUAACAGCGCGGCGGUCAAUGCCCCGUAUGGGGUGAGCGAGUGGGAUGUUGCCGGGGUGACGCCUGUUUAUGAUUGUGAGACGGUGAAAGUGGCAAGGGUGAAGGAGGCGGUUUUUGCGAUUGAGGGGAGGCUGGAGAGCGUGAGGGAGUUUCAGAGUCGAAGUGUACCCGGGAAGGUGACGAGUACGUUGGCGAUUGUGGAGGGGACGAGGUUUUGGGUUAGGGAGGAUGCGGUUAAUGAGGAGAAGAGUUUGGUUGACUUUAAUGUGCUGCGCCCGAUUGCGAGACUGGGUGGUAUAACGUAUGGCCGGGUCAGCGAAGGGUUUGAGUUGCCGAGGGCCGACUUUGAGAAGGACGUAGGGGGCUAUGAGGGAGUGGCGAAGCUACCGAGCAAGCAUCCGCGGGCAGAGUAA